CUUUUACACCGACUAACAAUACAAGAUUGGCCGUUCAAGGCAGCGUUGCAAUGACUUAUAUUGUCGCUUUCCACUCCAGGAUUAGAUGGGGGCCAACGAGGGGCGUGCUGUUUGAGCAAGGCUUCUAGAGGAAGCUCGUUUCAUUUUGUCCUUCUCUAGAUAUUUCUUAUCGAAACCGCGCGAUCUGGGUCCACGUGCGUAUCUCUCGAGCGAGCUGGAGUCACCCGGCGGUAUGCAAGCAAAUGCGCUCUGCAUAUCUGAGAUUCACCAGGCAAAACGAUGCUCACUUUUCACUCUGCGAUCUUCCAUCUCCGCGCGUCACCUCACCACAGCCAUACCCGCACUUCUCAACCCGGACAACGGUUUACAGGCCAAUCCGACAUUAACCCAACUCACAAGUUUAUAGGUUAGCAAGUCUCCUUUGGUUCCAUUUCGUCUUGCAUCUAGCUGUCGCAUGGACUACUACCGUUGCCCAAUCGAAGAAUUAUACCGGGAGACCCGACGGCGCGGCCACACAUCUCUUGGAACUUGCGAUGAGCUCAGUGAAGAUCUUGAGAAAGACGACAGAUUACGAGAAGCAGACGCGACGACAGUCAAGACAGAGAGUCCAAUACCUCUCAUAUCUUCCAUACCACAAGAGGCCUACCUAUCACAAACAGCUGGAUUUGUGGUGGAUGCUGCUGGGAAUCUACAGUCAGGACAAUCGACACCGGCGAACUUAUUGAUCAACCAAAAGAUUGUUCACUGGACCAUGAAUACCUUCUUUCCCUCUCUCCAGUUGUUUUUCGAAUCUGGUCUCUCAUGUACCGUCGACUGUGGCAAGUUGCCCGAUGCGAUCCUCGGCCUAGACCAGAAUCUCCGCUUUCGCCUUACGGAUUGUACACAUGAAGAGAAUGGUCGACUCACUAGGACCACACUGCCGGAAAAGUUCGCGCGCACAGGCGCUGCCAUUGAAAUCAACUCAGCGGUGAUCGCACAAAGGACCAGUAUCGCGAUCAAGCCAGGAGCCCACAGAAGUGAUGGACGAUUACCGAACACGUCCACGGUCACCAUUGUCGAAGAAGUCCACACCGUCGUGGGGUUGAGACUGGAGGGCAUGAAUGAGAUGGGCUACAUUUGGGCCAAGACCAUGACGCCUCUGGAGGAGAGGAAAGACAGAACAUGGGGCGAUGUGAGAGUUGGUAACCUGAAAGAGGACGUGCCGGUUCCCUUCCUUGGAUUUCCUCAGAGAGUCACCAAAGCUGGAGCCAAAGCAAUAGUUGUGAUAAAGAAGAGCAUGAUAGGUAGGUCGGAGAAUGUUGACGAACAAGCGGAAUGCGGAUUCUAG